AUGACGCAUGUACAGCAAGAUAUCGAGCUUGACAGACCGUGUAACUCUAGUCGCGCCACUGUAGCCUCUCACGCAAUAGAGCAACAAGGGGCGGUCGAGGAGAUCGAGCAGAUCUCGUUACCACCUACCGACAGAGGCAAGGAGGCAUGGCUUGUCUUAGCCGGGUGCUCGUUGAUACAGAUUCCUGUCUGGGGUUAUUCCCUCGCCUUCGGCAUAUUUCAAGAGUACUAUGGAAGUCAUCCAGACAAGCUUGUGGGCCACUCUAACAACGUCGCUGUGAUCGGCACCACCAUGACCGGAAUCAUGUACCUCAUCUCGCCAUUUACAUUUACGAUUUUGACUCGAUGGCCUGGUUUGCGCCGCUGGUUUGGUCCAAUCGGUCUAGUCUUAACGGCUGUUGGCUUCUUGACGUCCUCCUUUGCAACGAAGGUGUGGCAGUUGAUCGCAACUCAAGGUAUCAUCUGCGCCUUGGGUUGUGGGCUGUUAUUCACACCCACAACGUUGUAUCUCGAUGAGUGGUUCGUCAAGCGGAAGGGUCUUGCUUACGGCGUGAUGUGGGCAGGCAAAUCUGCUGCUGGUGCGGGAGUGCCCUUCGCCAUGGAGACUUGUCUCCAGAAAUUCGGGCCUCGCAUCACGCUCCAAGCAUGGAGUGUCGCAACGAUCCUCUUCUCAGCGCCACUUCUCUACUUCCUCAAGCCACGCAUUCCCCUCUCUCAGUCCGCCACCGUCCGCCGCAUCAGCCUGAACUUCAUCCACCUCCCAUCUUUCUGGAUGCUCCAGAUCGGCAACAUCCUUCAAUCUCUUGGCUACUUCCUUCCCUACACUUAUCUCUCAACCUACGCAGUGCAGCAGCUCCACGUCUCCACCACCAUGGCCACCGCCCUCCUCGUUCUGAUCAACGUGACUUCCAUUCCCGGCGGCAUCGUGAUAGGCGGUCUCGGCGACAACCUCCAUAUCACCACCACGAUUCUUAUCUCCACGCUUGGUUCUGCGCUAGCUGUGUUCUUGUUCUGGGGCUUUUCGAAUCAGACGGCGCUGCUGGCUGUUUUCAGCAUCACGUAUGGCUUCUUCGCUGGCGGCUUCAGUUCAACGUGGUCUGGAGUGCUUCAGGAACUCAAGUCUCAGAGUCCUGCACUAGACACGGGGUUCAUCUUUGGGUUGCUGGCUGGUGGAAGAGGCAUUGGGAAUGUCAUCAGUGGGCCGCUGAGUGUCGCGUUGGUGACUAGUGAUGGAUGGAUGGUAGAUGGGAAGAGUUGGGGCUACAAUGGUCAGUAUGGUGGAAUCAUCUUGUUCACUGGGGUCACGGCAUUGCUAGGUGGUUGGGGUGUGUUAGGGAGGGUGAAGUGGACCUGCGGUAACUGA